UAGACAUUGAUUUACGUCACAACAACAACAACAAACUAUUUUCUCAGAAAUUUCUGGCGGGAAUAUAGUAUUCAAAGUACUUUUGCUGUUAACAGAUUGUGCUAUGGCUAAAGGGUUUAUUUUGUCAUCAACAGUAUCAUUAUUGUUACUGUGGAUUGCUAGUGGAAGUAUUGUAAAAGAUGACAACCUUGUAGGAGAAAAAAACAGUCCUUUGAAUUAUACAAUUUCUAAGAAAGUUCUUGCAGAUUUGACAGAAAAAUGCAGACUAUUUAGGGAAAAGCAGCGGAACCAUUCCCGUAAGUUGUUCACAGAUGAAGAAAACAGAAUAUUUGAAGAUGGCUGUUUUGAAAUUGACAAUUUAAUUAAAGUAAAUCUGACAACAGACAAUGGGUUAUUCAUAAGGGAAAUGGUGGCCUUAAAGUUAAUUGAUGUUGAUAAAGUGAAAGCGCUACAAGAUCAUGAGAUAACAAGUGUAAAGACAUUUCCAGCAAAAAACAGGAAAAGGAGAACUGCAUUUGAAUGGACCUGCUCACAGAUACGCUCUUCACCAAUGUUGUUUCUUACUGCAACAGAAGCAGAAAUUUCAGCAAUGAGUACUGCAGAGUUUAUUGAUUGUAUACCAGAUAUUGGGAAACUGACAGAUUUAAAAAGUAAUCAAAGGGAUGCCCUGCUUUCUAAAGCAAAAACGGCAUUGUCUAAGGUUAAUGUUUGUGACAUGGACACAAUAGAUUUAGUGAAUCUAGGAGUUGUUGCCCUUUCUUUUAGUGAGACUGACUUGAGUUGUCUCCCUUUGGCUGAUAAUGGACUGGUUACUUCCCUUGGAAUUCUAAGAGAAUGGAAUUCUACAGAGUUAUCUGCCUUGGCCACAAGAUACAUGGGUGUUAAAAGUUUAUCUAACCUUGCAACUGUGACAUCUGAAGACAUCACAAUGCUUGGAUCAAUCUUGUGUGGUUUUACUGCCAGUCAGCUUGGUACUUUACCAGCUGCAGAAAUUGG